AUGAUGUACUCGGGCACGGCCACGGCCAGCGAUGCGGACCCGAAGCCCUGGAGAGCGCGGACCGCGUACACGCAGUACACUUGGCUUGGGAACGCGGACGCUAGUGCGCCGGCGCAAACGGAUACGAACACGCCGAACACCAUCAGCGCGUACGGGCCCACUCGGCUGACGUUGGCGCCCGACCACUGCGACCAGCCGAUGGCCACCAGGUACAUGGUGGCCAUCACCUUUUCCAGUUCAUCGUCCGUGAAAUCCGGAAGGCACGGUGGCUGUCCCUCCGCCUUAUUCUGCGGCCACCAGCUCUGGUGCAGGCCGAUGGUCAAUGCGCAAGUGCUGGCUGUGUUGUAA